UGAUGUUCUUUGUGGUGUGCAAUGAUGAAUAAUUAUGUCAAUCAUUUUCAGAUUUACAAAGGAGCCAGGAAUUAUAAGCUAAUGAUGUGGUUCACAGCUGGUGAUGCGAUGGAGACUGGCGAUAAAGUCACUGAUGAAAGAAAAGUAGAUCCAUUGCCUAUUCUGAUUGUGAAGAUUGUACUUGGAAUCUUUGGUUUCAUUAUGAACAUGUGCGUACUACUUACUCUGACAUUACGACUGAAGUACCGAAUUUACAUCAUUAUGAUGACAUUGGCAAUCCUUUCAUGGACUGUCGUUGAUUGUAUAUUGUGUUAUCAAACUGGCAUUAUAAACAGCUUGAUUUCUUUCGUUAUAACGGCUGUCAUGGCUUCACUAGCAAUGUUUCUUGGAUUCAAAUCAAAACAUUUUACACCGAAGGGAUAUGCUGUGUUUUAUGGAUUGCUUGCGGUAUUCUGUAUCUUAGGAUGCAUCUUCUGCAUUAUAUCUGAAUACUACCAUUUUCCAUACAAUGUACUAGGCGCCAUAUUCCUUGGUUGUGGAGUAAUGCUCACAAUAUACUACAUAACAGUGUGGUUAAAGUAUUCCAAAGAAGAAAUAGUAAGAUGGAAGUUAUUUAAAAUCUACAUUGAAUUGUUCAUUUUUCUGGGACUAUUCAUGGUAUUCGCCAAUUUAUUCGAUUACACUCAGUUGAGAAGAAUGAAGUUUGCUGAUAUUGUAUCAUUUUCUACCUUUGAUGAUACCUGAAUAAAUAAACAAGUAGUUGUAUACGCUGACUUCUGUUGUAAAGUCGAAAAUUCUCAAUAUCAUUAAUUUCGUUUCACUGCUUCAGAAAGUGAUUUCAAAAAUGAUCUUCACGUGUUUGAGUUAGUAACUGUAACUG